AUGUCCGGCGAUCGUUUUCCGGGCUUUUACCAGAGAACGAGCUUCUGAGGGCCUGCUGACAUCCACGUCUUGACUAUAGAUUCAUCGCGUCGCCUCGGAACAUUGCGGGCUCCUUCCCUCCUGGAUAACCAUUCACAAACAAGGCUCUGGGUGCGUGGUGGAAGUGCGGCUGCGCGGUCGUCGACGCGCUGUUUGAUUGGUUUAAUGCAGCACCGUGUCGUUCUGACCUUACCUUCCCGUGUUCGCCUUCCAGCCUCUGCCUGCACGAUGUUCUCUUCCAUCCAAGUCCUGCGCCGCCCAGCCGACUGCUUGACGCUCCCGCGUUCGCAAACAUUGAUUAUCCAACCUAUUCGCUCGAGUCGGGUAGUCACGCGUCCGCCUUCCCAUACAACCUCCCUGUCCUAGGCAGCACAGCUAGCACAGGGCACCCAUCAAGUCGACCCUCCUGUCCCGCCGAUUCCGCCGCCAAUCGCCUGCUGCCUGACCCCCUUCAAUUGCCAAUGGAGGAAGCCAAUACAUCGUCGGGCGUCCUGCAGCCCUCGCCGAGUUUCUCAUCAGUAGAUGGAAGCACCCCGACAAUGCAUCCAUACCACUUUCCGCCGCGGAUCAACAGUUCGCCCGCGUCGAAGUCCCUGUCGCCACCGUACCGAUGCGAGUUUCGCCUUUGACGCCAGCGAAGAGGCCGAUGGGCCCUAGCCUCCACGAACAGAGCAAGGCUAUCCCUAAGCGCAACUGUCGCAAAUCCGAACGACUUAUGCACGAGCAAUGGGCCCAGAAAACACACGACGAAGAGCUCGAGUAUUGUAUCCGACACAAUAUUCGACUCGAUUAUUUGAGGAGCAUUGUUGCGCCCGUGACUCGCCUUGGCUCUCCCACUUCCUGGAAUGACUUUGUGCAGAGCAAGUACUUCGAAUCGCUGGCAGUUCAAGAUGGAUUGGAAGGUAGGCACAGCUCUUGACUACCUGACUACCUCGUGCUAAAUUCUAGCAUAGCAUUGCACUACGCUGUUGUUGAACUAACGGGCUGGGUUGGUCCGCUUUAGUGCCGACCAAUUUGGUGGAGAGGGUUAAGCUCGCAAAGCCAUAUUGGAACGACAUAAAGGAUGACGCAGAGGCGAUGACGAGGUUUGACGCGGCGCUUGCCUUGGAGCGUGAGGAAGCGACGCAAGCAACGCAAGCGACCGAAGGUUCAUCCUCCAUCAAGAUCGCCAGAAACAAGCCGAUGAGUCACGAAGCCAUCAAGAAAGCGCGCCGAUGCAUGCAAACCGCGUUGGAAACCAUGGUGAGUCCAAGCUCAAUUUGAUACUGCUCACAGUAAAGUAACUGAAAGGAUCAUAACACCCUCAAAACCAACCCAGAGCACUUCAUAUGCGCAAAAAUAUGGACUCCAAUUGUUUGCUGUGGUCUCUUCUGAUCUUCCUGAACUCAAUAAGGAGCGUUUCAUGGUCGCGAGCCCCGGUGGUUUGGCCUUUGCCUAUCGACAAGACUGGGGCGAUAGUUUGGGUUCAAGACAGCUGCUCUCCGACUUCGCGGAUUGCGUUACCGGUAGAGCGUUCUUGGAGGACAAAAAGGCCGAAUUGGAAGCAGCUGGUCAGUAGGUGCACGCGCCGACAGACUAUUGUCACUUGCUGAUUGACGUCCGUUACGCUGUUACGCAGUUUGGGAGGCGCCACUGAAGGAAGCGAAUCUUGAAACAAAAGCCUCGUGGUACAGCACGAUUGUGAAAAAACUUUUCAGUGUGGACUAUGUUCUAACCGAGAUUUCAGUUGCUGCUCACUUGUUGACUGCUAACGAUGAGUCUUCUCGGUGCAGAUGAUGCCGUGAUGCGACGUACCAAGAACCAAGGGCACGAAAACAAGAGCAAACCGCCCAGGUUGGUGUACGACCCAACCGCGCUCAUGCAACAGGCCAGUAUCGUAGUUGAAUGCGGCCCGAGCCUCAACUUGGAGACGGACUUCGCCAGCCCCAUGGGCAAGCAAAAAAUGUCGGGGGCCGACUUGGAUCGUAUCAUUCCCCUGCUGCGUGCAGGAGAGUUGAGAUUCAGGCUAACGGAAGAGGUACUAGCGGAUGAAGAAGAUGAAGAUGGUGCAGCUAUCCCUGCCAACGGCCAAGAUGGCAGCGCGGUGAGCCGCCCCGAUUCCGACGAGCACUCUUAG